ACACGGAAGUUUCAUUGCUAGGUGGUAGUGUGCUAUGAUAGAAGAGGGAGGAUAUGUGGAUGCGAUGUUUAGGUGUUUAAAAUUUGUACGUGUAGUUUCGUAGUUUAAAAACAAACAAGAUGUUGCACCUAAGAAAAGAUGUAUUAUUGACUUUGUUUAUUUAUUUAAUUCAUGGAUUUCAAGAAAUCCACGCUUCUUCACAAAAGUAUGUAACAUGUGGCUCGGUGGUAAAACUUUUAAAUACAGAUUAUAGAGUAAGACUACAUUCGCAUGAUGUAAAGUAUGGAACAGGUAGUGGACAGCAAUCAGUUACCGGAACUGAAGUUCAAGAAGAUAUUAACAGUCAUUGUCCUUUGAGUAGUAAUCAGGAAAUUAGUUGCUAUGGAGACAAUGGGGAAGGUGAUUCUGGAGAUAACUGGAUGGUUAUAUGUUCAGGUGACAGUUGGCAAAGGGAUGAAAGUAUAAUGUUUAAACAUGUAGACACAGAUAUGUAUCUGUCCGUAUCAGGUAGAACUUUUGGUAGACCAAUUAAUGGUCAAAUGGAAGUAAUUGGAGUACGUUCAUCUACAGGAUCUGUACAUUGGCAAACAGCUGAAGGUGUAUUUUUACAUGCUCCAGAUUUAUCUGCUAGACAUAUGCACUCAGUUCAUUCUGAGCUAUGAAACAAACAAUUAGUUACAAGUUUUUUAAUUUAUUUUUUAAUUUUGUUAAAAGUGUGAAAAUGUUUGUAAUAAAUAAGUGGUUAGAUAAAACUUAUAUGUAUGUAUCUA